AUGUUCUGCCUAUACACCGGAGGGACAUUUGCCUCCGGAAGCGAGACGGCGACACAGCCCACCGAUACGUCGGCUCAAUUAGCCCAGCUAACAGACAGUGCCUCUCCCCACUCUGAUGGGUCCACAAUCCGAAUAGCGGCCAUUGUAGGUGGUGUCCUGGGCCUCAUGCUCCUCGUUGCGUUGGCCACUUUUGCCAGAUGGUGGUUUAAAGAAGGAAGACACCCCCCACCAGCGCGUUUAAAUCAUGUGCGGGAUGCACUCUGUUCGAGAGAUGAACAGGCUCGUACGUAUCGUGGCGCAGACGCCAUUGCGAUUCCGUGGACACCUGAACCGGCGCUCAGUACCCCGCUUCUGCCUCCUCCGUCCGUGGCCACGGAUUCAAAACUGCCUAUUGCGCAAAUGUACUCUUCUCAGCGGUUUCAAGAGGUGUCGGGUGGACUUGGCUCGUCGUCUUCGUCGCUAGAGCCGACUUCGUCUGGUGUUACGGGUUCACUGGUUUCGGAACCUGUCGCCAUUGUCCUCCAAGGCCGACAAGCCGGACGAAAGGUUGUCGUAAUCAAACAACUCGACGAGGGAACCAAGGAUCGACCGUACCCACACGCCAUUGUCGCUGGCAUUGAGCGAUACCCACGAAAAGUGACCAAGCGCAUGGGCAAAAAGACGGUUGCAAAGAGGAACAAAGUCAAGCCAUUCCUCAAGACUGUCAACUGCACACACCUCUUCCCGACACGGUAUGCGCUCGAGCUCGAGGGUCUCAAGGGAUGCGCGUCGGCGGAUACGUUCAAGGAGCCGAGUCAGCGAGAGGAUGCAAAGAAGACGAUUAAAAAGCUCUUUGAGGAGCGAUAUGUCAGUGGAAAGAACAAGUGGUUCUUCCAGCCGCUGAGAUUCUGA